AUGGGGAAGAACGAGAAAGCAGGGCUAGGAAGAGCACUAGUAAAGCACCACAAUCAAAUGAUUCAACAAUCCAAAGAAAAAGGCCGAUUUUACAAAUCACAACACAGGAAAGUUCUCGAAUCCAUCACUGAUGUAACUGAAAUCGACGCUGUUAUUGGACAAGUCGACGACGGCGACCUUUUGUCCUCUUUCUCUUCCUCCGUCCACCAUCCCGUCCCCAACCUCCACAUCAACCUGGACACGGGGUCUGGAGUGGGUGGUAUGACGCCGGAAGAAAGGAGAGAGCAGCAGAAGAAAGAGGAAGCUUUGCAUGCUAGUAGUCUUCGAGUUCCUCGAAGGCCGCCGUGGAAUGCUGGAAUGUCGGUGGAAGAGCUAGAUGCUAAUGAAAAGCAAGCUUUUUUAAUCUGGCGGCGGAGUCUUGCUAGCCUCGAGGAGAAUGAAAAUCUUGUUCUUACUCCAUUUGAGAAGAACCUGGAUAUUUGGAGACAGCUUUGGCGAGUGCUUGAACGCAGUGAUUUGUUGGUAAUGGUUGUUGAUGCACGAGACCCCUUGUUCUACCGCUGUCCUGAUCUUGAGGCAUAUGCACUGGAGAUUGAUGAACACAAAAGGACAUUACUGCUUGUAAACAAGGCUGAUCUUUUACCUUUUUCAGUCAGGCAGAAAUGGGCAGAUUAUUUUCGUCAUCAUGGGAUUCUAUUUCUAUUCUGGUCAGCUAAAGCUGCUUCUGCAGCUCUUGAGGGAAAGAUACUUAAUGGCCCUUGGAAUGAACAAGCUAGCCUGCAAGAGAUGGAUGACCCCGAUACAAAAAUUUAUGGAAGGGAUGAGCUUUUGGCUCGUUUACAGUCUGAGGCAGAAGCAAUAGUCAGAAUGAGACGCAAAUCAGUCUCUAGUGGCACAGGCCCAUCUAAUGUUCAGUCUUCUGGUGGGUACAUUUCAGGCCAUUCAGCUCCUAAGAAUGUGGUAGUGGGUUUUGUUGGGUAUCCUAAUGUGGGCAAAAGUUCCACAAUCAAUGCUUUGGUGGGCCAGAAGAAAACAGGUGUUACCUCUACUCCAGGGAAGACGAAGCAUUUCCAAACACUCAUAAUUUCUGAGGAGUUGACCUUAUGUGACUGCCCAGGAUUAGUUUUCCCUUCCUUUUCAAGCUCGAGAUAUGAAAUGAUUGCUUCAGGGGUGUUGCCAAUUGAUAGAAUGACAGAGCACAGGCAGGCUGUGCAGGUUGCAGCAAACCGAGUCCCAAGGCAUGUCAUUGAGGAGGUCUACAAAAUAAACCUGCCAAAACCUAAGCCAUACGAGCCUCAGUCUCGAGCUCCUUUGGCAUCAGAAUUAUUGAGGACAUAUUGUGCCUCUCGAGGGCAUGUUGCAUCCAGUGGAUUGCCUGAUGAAACCAGAGCUGCCCGCCAAAUUCUGAAGGAUUACAUCGAUGGGAAGCUAACUCACUAUGAGAUGCCCCCAGGAAUAUCUGAUGAGGAAGGAAGUGUUCAAGAUGAUGAUGCAGGACCCAGCUUGUCUGAAACAAACGAGUCAGAUUCAUCCGAUAUUGAAAACGCUGCAGAUAUUAAUGGCGAAAAUACACUCGCCCUUGAACAUGUGCUGGAUGAUCUUAAUUCAUUUGACAUGGCCAAUGGACUUGCUCCCAAUAAGGUUACUGUUAAGAAGCCAAGUGCCUCAGCGUCAGCAUCACACAAGCAUCACAAAAAGCCUCAGAAGAAAAAGGAUCGAUCGUGGAGGAUUGGAAAUGAUAAUGGGGAUGGAAUGCCAGUUGUCAGAGUCUUCCAGAAACCAGUGAACACAGGUCCUCUCAAUGCUGGGUGA